AUAACACUUCAUAUUGGUGAAUUUUAGACUUUAAAGGUUUAAAAUGACUGAUGAUGGCGAAAUCUGUCCUCCGGAGGGUAAAACAAGCUUCUCUGGGAUUCCCGAGUCACAAUUCAUCGUAGAUGUCGAAGCUUUUAUGAAAGGCGAGGAAAGUGCUGAAUCCAAGAUCAAGGCUUUGGAUGAAAUGCAUCAAAAAUAUAAAUUCAUGGAGAAUUCGCUUUCUGUCAGACGUAAGAAGUUGCGGACCCAGGUUCCUGACAUAAAGAGUUCCCUUGUCAUGAUAAAGAAAUUGAGAGAGAAGAAGGAGGAAGGUGAAACCCUGGACACGCAGUUCCUUCUCUCAGAACAGGUGUACGCUAAAGCCAAGAUUCCACCAACCGACAAGGUUUGCCUAUGGCUGGGAGCUAAUGUUAUGCUGGAGUAUACCCUAGAAGAUGCGGAGGCCCUGUUGUCUAAGAACCUUGAGUCUGCUGAACAGAAUCUCAAGCAGAUUGGGUUUGAUCUGGACUAUCUCAGGGACCAGAUGACAAACACCGAG